CCGCCCCCAGCGCGCGCCCGGGAUCCUGCGCUCCCGCCUCCCGCGCCGGCCGGCCGGGCUCCCUCCGUCCCUCCGCCGCCCGCCCCUCCGCGGCGGGCCCGCGAUGUGGCAGCAGCCGCCCCCGCCGCCGCCCCCGCCGCCGCUGCUGUCGCCCAUGGAGGCCGAGCGGGCGCCGGCGGCGCGGGCCCCGCCGCCGCCCCAGGCGCUGGCCGCGGGGGGAGACCAGCCGCCGCCGCCGCCGAGCGGGGCCGCGACGACGCCGGGCGGCGGCGGCGGCGGCGGCGAGCUGAGCCUGCCGGGCAUCCUGCACUUCAUCCAGCACGAGUGGGCGCGCUUCGAGGCCGAGAAGAGCCGCUGGGAGGCCGAGCGGGCCGAGCUGCAGGCACAAGUGGCCUUUCUGCAGGGGGAAAGGAAGGGUCAGGAGAACCUGAAGGCAGACCUUGUGCGGAGAAUCAAGAUGCUGGAGUACGCGUUGAAGCAAGAAAGGUCAAAAUACCACAAGUUGAAAUUUGGCACUGAACUGAACCAGGGAGAAAAGAAACCGGAGACCUCUGAACCAGUCUCCAACGGGCCAGCAGAACCCAUUUCCCUGGAAAGCAGUCCCUUUAUGUGGAAGGAAGGGCGCCAACUCCUCCGCCAGUAUUUGGAAGAAGUGGGCUACACGGACACGAUCCUUGACAUGCGCUCCAAGCGUGUCCGCGCUCUGCUGGGUCGCUGCUCCGUGGAUCUGAACGGUGCCGCCGAAGCCGGUGGCCUGGGGGCUGGGCCUGCCGUGGGGCCCGCCAGCCUGAACGGAGGCGAGUCCCUCCUUGUCAAGCAGAUAGAGGAGCAGAUCAAAAGGAAUGCAGGGAAGGAAGUGAAGGACCGGAUCAGUAGCACCGUAAUGGAGAAGAUCCCCUUUUUGAGGGGUUGUGAGGAGGACGACAGUGACGAGGAGGAGGAUUUGGAAAGCCUGCCCCUGGAAACGCAGCGGCAGCACAAGAAGCGGCGGGUAAAGCUCACCCACAAGCCCCUGAUGCCGGAAGUGGAGGAUGACGAUGACGACGAAGACUCUGAGGAUGCGCUGAGCGAGUUUGACUUCUUGGGCUCUGGGGAGAAUGGGGAAGGGUCUGGAGACACCCGGCAUGCUGGAGAUGGUACUGAACUUGGGACCCACCGGGUGAAGCUGCAAGGGAUGCUGGCCGAUCUCCGAGACGUUGAUGGGCUUCCCCCUAAGCCAUCCAUACCAUCCGCCGUGUCUGCUCAGCCCAGACCCCAUGAAGGGUCCCUGGGCUUCUCCUCGGAUGUGUUUAUAAUGGACACCAUCGGCGGGGGAGAGGUCAGCUUGGGUGACCUCGCGGACUUGACCGUCACCAACGACAACGAGCUGAGCUGCGAUCUCUCAGACAGCAAAGAUGCUUUUAAAAAGACAUGGAACCCCAAGUUCACCCUGCGGAGUCACUACGAUGGAAUUCGAGCCCUGGUGUUCCACCACAGGGAGUCUGCCCUGGUCACUGCCUCGGAGGACGGCACCCUGAAGCUGUGGAACCUUCAGAAGACCGUCGCUGCCAAAAAGAAUGCCGCGCUGGAUGUGGAGCCCGUCUAUGCAUUCAGGGGACACAGGGGCCCGGUGCUCUCUGUGGCCAUGGGUGGCAACAGUCAAUACUGCUACAGCGGUGGAUCAGACACGAGAAUCCGCUCCUGGAAGAUCCCUGAUCUCAGCAUGGAUCCUUACGAUGGCUAUGAUCCGAGCGUGCUCAGCGGUGUCCUGGACGGCCACACGGAUGCUGUCUGGAGCCUGGCGUUCAGCCUCUCGAGGAACCGCCUGGCUUCCUGCUCGGCCGACGGCACCGUGCGGAUAUGGGACCCGAGCAGCGGCUCCUGUCUUAGCACCUACAGCACAGGCAGCGAAAACGGCGUCCCUACCUCCGUUGCCUUCUCCAGCACUGACCCCACGCGUGUUGUGGCUGCCUUCCAGACCGGCAGGGCAGUUCUUUAUGAUGUGGAGAUGGCCUGCCCUGUCCUGGCCCUCGAGUCUUGGCCCGCCAGUGGAGCCAGUCAGAUCAACCAAGUUGUGAGUCACCCAACCCAGUCAAUCACAAUCACGGCGCAUGAUGACCGAGGGAUCCGCUUCCUGGACAAUCGGACAGGGAAAGCUGUGCACUCCAUGGUGGCCCAUCUGGAUGCGGUCACCUGCCUGGCGGUGGAUCCCAGUGGCGUCUUCCUUAUGUCCGGAAGCCACGACUGUUCUCUGCGGCUGUGGAACCUGGAUAACAAGACGUGCAUGCAGGAGAUCACAGCCCACCGCAGAAAGCACGAGGAGGCCAUCCACGAUGUGGCCUUCCACCCCAGCAAGGCCCUGAUUGCCAGCGCGGGGGCCGAUGCCCUUGCCAAGGUCUUUGUAUGAAGGGAGGUGGGGCCCGCAGGGCUCCUGGCUCUUCGGCUUCGCUCCUUCUCUGGCCCGGCCAGUGGUGCUAACAGUGUGUCCCUCGCCUGUCGGGGCCCUCCCCGCCAUCUCACCUGAGCUCAGGACCGAUGCCUGUCGGACAGUGGGGGCGACGGGGGCCUGGCGGCUCCUUCCUUGGGCUUGGAGCUCACCUUCACCAGCACUGAAAUAUUUUCCGCUCGUUUCAAGGCCGCAUGGUUUUUAUUUCCCAGCUCAGGGAGUGGGGAAAAAAAAACAAUGCCCCAGAUUGUGUUGAAGCAGGGAGGGGGGAAUCACAGACUGAGCUGCCGCUCCAGCUUUGGGGAGGAGCACCUGGACCGCCAGGCGUCUGCCUCCUUGCCAUCUUGGGACAGGGGCUUUGGAAUCCCUCCCCUCUGCCCCGGCACUGUUGGCUGAGGACACUUUUUCCAAACGUUUUGGGCCAGAGAGGCUGGUUGUAAGCCACGCUGACUCUCCUUGCUGCGUUCCCUUGGUCAAGCCAGAGGAAGACGGACAAGAUGCAGCACCAUCCCCAACUUCAGGCCGUUCUCUUGCUCUUGCCCCUGGCACCCACGGCAUGGGCUAAGGGUCUUGUGGCUCAAGAUCUGGGGGGAAUCAAGUGCCAACAUUUGUUCCUUCUGAGCCCCCAGGUGGUCCCUGCUCUGCCUCUGCUCCAGCUGUCCACCUCUUCAGCCCCCUCCAAUUUGCACUGGGCAUUCCUCACUCAGCAGCGGCCAUGUUUGGAAGGGGAGAUGGGAUGCCCUUCUCCCCCACCCCCCACCCCUUUCGCUGCCAGGUAUCCUGGAAGAGGCAGGACGUCGGGAUAGGCCUCUCCUCUGGCUUUGCCCUUACUCUGAAGGGGCCAAGGUAAGGGAGGGAGGGCAGGGGAGGCAAAGGGAUGAAGAAGCGCCCAUAAGGAAAGAAAGGAGGGGCGCAGGGUUGACCAGCAAGCCAGCCCAUGCUCCUCUGCAGGCCAGAUAUGAGACAUCCCGGCCCCUCCUCGCUGGGGAUGGUUUUUGUGGCAGGAGAAAUGGGUCUGUGAAUGUGGAUAGGGGUCGAGGGGAUGGUGAAAAGUCUGGGGGAGGAAUGUGGUGAAGCCCACCCUGCAGGGUUACUCCUUGGUGACCUUGAGACAUAGGGUAGAGAAUGGGAGUCAUCCCCAUUGGAAAAAGCUGGAUCUCCUCAUCCUGGGCCAACCGGAGUGUGUUCCUGCUUCCAGAUGGAUGGACUGGGGCUUGCCGAAGGCACAGCGGCUUCCAGACUUGACCUCUGGACAGCAGGAAGCAAGCGAGCAGCACUGUUGGAGAAUCGGCUGUCGCUUUUUUUAAAGCCACUGACCUGCCGCAGCCCAUUCAGUUCCGCCUGUGCGGGAGGAGUCCUUUUCCGCAAUAAAGCCCCCCUCCCUCUUCAGUCCUUGCUUCCGCUGUCCUCUGGCCAGAGCCAAACUGCGUUUCUCCGGCCCGGGCCACGUGGGGCUGGUUCUUGCUCAAAGCCAAGGCAAGCAGCAGGCCUGGGGACUGUUAAAAAGCUGAAGGUGCACGUGCCCCCCAUGGGCCGCGUUAUGGGGGGGCAUUGUUUGGAGUGCUGGCACACACGGCACGAAGUGACCUUCCCCAACCUGGUGCUGUCAGGAAAGGCCACAGGUUGGAGGUGUUUCUUUUUUCCUGUCUCCAAGUAAUGUCAUGUUGGCAGCCAAUUUUAAUCAACGGUUGGGAAAGAAACGAGGGCAAGUUCUGGGACCAAGAAUGGGGAAGGGGAUCAAGUCAGGGUCUAUUGCGUAGGGGGAGCCAUUCAUUUUGACCCUCAUAUCUGACUGGAGGGCCUGCAGCUGUGUGUAAAAAAUGUGUGUGUGUGUGUGUAUGUGUGUGUAUGUAGAGAGAGAGAGAGAGAGAGAGAUUAAAAACCCUGUUGUUACUUACCCCCUGCAGCUGGCAAUCCUGGUCAAAAACACUAAAAAAACCAACAAAAACUGGCUGGAUCUGGCCUUGUAUUGCACACGCGUUAGAAAAACGUGCCCUAAUCAGGCUUUGCGGGAGCAAGCUGGACAUUAACCCCCUGCCACCAGAGCAGAUCUGGCAUGCUCCCUCUUAAGCAGGAUGCGGAGUCGCCUCUGCCCAAUUUUGGGUUGUAGGCAGAGGCUCAAGAAGUGGCGUUUGCUUCCCUGGGCGUCCCCUCCGGGCCAGACCGUCCACUGUCCGGGGGUGGGUGGCUGUUGUACGCUCUUAGCAGAGCUGUGGCAGGGAUGGGAAGCCUUGGCAGUGGACUGCCUCCCCCCCCUCCCAUCUUCUGCCGGGCUCCUGGGCUUCUCCAUUGCCCUGAAUUGGCCAAGCUUCAGUUGGGAUGGGCGGGUGCCAGCCUCUGCCAGCAGCUCUGUUCCUGGCCAGGGAAGGCUUUGGAGCGGGACGCAGGGGGUUCUGCGAAGAGCUGGCAUGUGUCUGUGUGAGGUGAGCGGCAGGGUGGGGGCAGCUGUUUCAGGCAUGUCUGCUGGGAGGGGUCCCAAAAAUCAAGAUGGUGGGCGCAACUAUGAACUCAAAGCCCCACCCCUUUUUUAUGCGCAUCAGGGGGCUUUGCAUGGCUCCGACCUCCAUCUUGACUUUAUAGACCCCCCUCCCUACAGACCCCAGGGCUGUUUGCAAACCCCGCCCCCUCCAGAUAGGGGUAACUUUUUAAAAAGUGGGUUUCACUUUUUAAACCUUAUCUCCUUUUGGUGGGGGGUGGUAUUUGGGUCCUGGGGGGCCAUCCUUCCCUUCUCCCCCCCUUUUUUUGUAUAUUCUGUACAGUAAAAAAAAAACCAGAUUUGAAAAACAAAACCCAAGAGACACUCCGAAGGGCUGAUCCUGAACUAACCACAAUCUCGUUAUCACUGUGUGAUAGUUUUUACGCACCACGGCCUUUUUUAAAAGAAAACCGGCCAAGUUGGACUGAAGCCUGGGGGUGGGAUGGGGAGGAAGGCUGAUUUUAAAGGGAAGAAGCAACCCUGAUUCUUAAAGACGUGCUCUCCGAGCUUCUUGUGCGCCCUGAAUAGGGCCUUCCCGCCCCCCAAGAGCAGCCCCCAGCAGCUCUCCCCGCCCUUCUCCAGUUGACUUCUUUCCCCUUCUCCGAGUGGUUCAUUUACCCAGACAAGGGCGCGCCUGCCUUUUUAAAACGCCAGUUAGCUUUCUCCUAUAUUUAUUUGAACUCUUUGUCUUUUUAACUUGGGGGCUUGUUUAAUCUUAAGACUGAACUGUAUGUGGGACAAAAAAAAAACUGCCUUGGGAAUAAUAAUAUUAAUAAUAAAAAUAAAUAAA